AUGGAAAGCAUUGACGAUUCGCACCAUGCCGAGAAUGUCCGUGACAGAGUAGAUAGAAGUGAUCACACCAAGACGGAUCAGUUGGUAUGUGUUGGUAUGUCUUGCGUGUUCGACAUCUUGCGGCAGCUGAGCCGAAGGGAUCCGGAAUUAUGUGUACAAGCCUUAAACUCUCUCAUGACUUUAUUGCAGAAUUUACCAGUAGAUAGUUUGCGAAGCGAACCAAAGCCGUCUGUCGAGUCCAUGAUGAAGGUGCUGCGAAAUUUAAGGGAAGAAGGACCGCCAUCGGUUUGUUCUCGUGCUUCCAGUUGUUUGGCUGCAUUAGCCGUCUGUAGUGGUCUACCAGACCAUCUCAUGGAGGCAGUCGAUGCCCUCAUUUGCACUCAACGAAAUGAGCCUCAGAGCACAGACUCGUCUUACGAUGACCUCCAAGUACCAGGAAAUUUACAUAGGCUUAGCGUAAAAAUUCAACAUAAAGCUCACAAAGGAACUGAAACGGGAAGCAGUUCUUGGUCGGAGCGCCCCUUAGACGAGCAUAGAGUGUUGUGUAGUUUUGAUUUGCCUACAUUGCCUAACGACUCACCAUCUGAGACACCUGAUGAUGACAUGAGGUUACAAGGUUCGAUCGCUUGUGACGGUAAGCCUGAUAUUCCUCUUGUUAAUUAA